UGCUGAGGAGCAUUCAGAGAGGAGCGCACGACAGGGCAGCAGCUUUGCGGCGCCUCCGAGAAGGACUGCAGCACGGCGAGUCCCAGGAGAAGUUCAUCAGGCUGGAGGGCGGCGUGCGGGCGCUGAUCGGCCUCUUCACCAGCCAGCAAGCGGACCUGCAGAUGGACGCGGCACGCUGCUUGCACGAGCUGUCCCACUCCAGCGACGCAGACGUAGUUGCGGCCUGCUUGCCAGCAACCUCCUACCUGCUGACCUACCUGUCCGGACACAGCGCAGCCCUCAUGGAGCUGUGCUUGUACACGCUGGGGAACCUGGCGGUCGAGGCGGAGGCGGUGAGGACGCACCUUCUGCCGCAGGGCAUCAUCCCAGUCAUGGCAUCCUGUAUCCAGUCCCCGCACGUGGCAGUGCAGGAAGGCGUGGGCUACGUUCUGGCACAGCUCUUGCAGGCCAGGGAAGCUCCAGCAGAGAUCACGCCCCGGGUCCUAGACUCCACCCUCCCUCAAGACAUGCUCCGUUUGGUUUGCUCCGACCUGGAAAAGGGAAUAGGUGCUGCAGUGGAAUUUGCGUGGGGCCUUCACUACAUUGUUUGCAGCCGCGUGAACAACCCCCUGCUGAUCUCUCUAAGGACCGUGCCCUCCCUGGCACAGCGCUUGGUGGAACUGGCCUCCACGAUACCAACAGUGUCUCCGGAGUGCCUGGAAUUGCUGGUCUGCCCUGUGGUGCGCUGCCUUGGCAACCUUCUUGCAGAAGAGCCGGCAGAGCGGGGCGAACCGCUGGCAGAGGAGGGUGGCCUCCUGUGGGCCUUGUCCGUCUUCAUACAGCAUUUCCUCCCCACACACUUCUUCAUUGUCCGGGAGUGCCUGUGGCUCAUCAACAACCUCACAGUUGACAGCACCGCCUCAUGCUCUGCUCUGCUGAACCUGGAUGUCUUUCCCGCUCUUCUGACACUCUUGAGUUCUCAUCAGAUGGUGAGCUUGCUGGUUCUGACAGUGCUGUGCAACGUCGCUGUCAAGGGCACCGACUACUGCCAGGCGCUGCACCAGAAGGCUGUACUGCCUUCCCUCAUCAGCGGUCUUGGCCUUCCCGACGCCGAAGUGGUGGGCCAAGAUCUAGAGCUACUGCACCUCCUCUUCCUUCACUGCCCAGAGGCUGCCACUGACUUCGUCGCUCAGUCAGGACUACAGGCCUUAGAGCAACAUCAGAAUAACCCGCAAUUGCAAGAACGUGUCACAGCCCUCAUUCAGAUUGCCAGCCAACGGGUUACUCUCGCAGGACUGUCCCCUCAGUACCUCACCUGAAGAGCUACAGUUUGUAAGGAAGUACAACUGAAGUAGUGAUGCACCAGUGAAUGAUACUGACUUGCUGCAGAUUGGAGUUUGAACCGAGUACUGCUUUGUUUCCUCCUCGGAAAAGCAACAGCAGCAAAAACUAUACCUCUGUCACCUUAUGGAGCUCUGGCUUCACAGUUCUUUGUUUUAACCCUAGCUUAACACCGAUUGUACAAAGAAAAACAGCAAAAAUCA